UACACAACCAUUACAUUCAGUCGGAGCACGGACAGAGAAGAGUCGGGCCUUGACGUUGGCCGGAUGGUUAAAUCCAACCUCCAGACGAUCCUGAAUAGCCACUGUUUUGUCAGAGAAAAAGAGAGUAAUAUAUCCAAGAUGCCAUUGAUCGAAAUGACCCGUAAUAAACCCGAGAAUGAAAGUUCCCAUCGCUGCAGUAACCCGUGUCCGGGGCCUCUGUGGUGUUCCGAUGUCCCUCACCCACCCCUGAAGAUCCCAGGUGGGCGAGGGAAGGAUCAGCGGGAUCACAGUCUUUCAGCUAAGCUAUUCUAUUCUGAUGCUCAGUUACUGGUUCUUGAGGAAGCCCCCACGUUGAACAGCCGUGUACGGUUUUUGCUUUUUGAGCGCCGCUGCUCUGUGAGCAAGCACUUAGUUUGGAGGGGGGCACUAAAAGGGGCAAACCUUUACAUCGAAAUCCCCACUGGUGUCCUCCCGGAAGGGAGCAAAGAUAGUUUUUCACUCUUGCUGGAGUUUGCAGAGGAGAAGUUACAGGUUGAUCAUGUUUUCAUCUGCUUCCAUAAGAACCGAGAUGACAGAGCAUCGCUGCUGCGGACAUUCAGUUUCAUGGGCUUUGAGAUUGUGAGACCGGGUCAUCCCCUCGUCCCAACCCGCCCCGACGCUUUCUUCAUGGCUUACAGCAUCGAAAGAGACACCGAUAGUGACGAAUAAAGCUUAUCAAUCACAUUUUGCUUCUAAUAACUAUGCUGUAUCUCACCCAACAUGCUGUAUCUCACCAUUAAAAGAAACAGUAUGACUGUCAAAUUGACCUUUUUUUUUUUUUCCUGUUAAUCACUACAUUGUAGUUAUUAUAAGGGUUGUGCUGUAUUUUCAGUCGUAUUUGCACUAGUGUAAACACAUUUCUGAACUGACCAUUAGUUUUUAAGCCAUUAUCACUGGGCUUAACUUUCAAUGUAAUUGGAUUAUUUGCUGAUUCCCUUUCACCCAUUCCCACACUGAUCAUUUUUAGAACAUAAUAUUUAUGGUUAAGAUCUCAAGCAACAAUGUAUGUAGAAUCAUGGUUUUUAUUGCUGAUAUUGAUUUCUUUACUGGUGGCUUCAAGUGCUUUCUUAAUGUGUGCAUGAAUUUGAGUUCGUUAUGACUUCAAUAGGAUUUGUCUGCAUGUUUCCUACUGUGUGCAGAAUAAAAAAUGCUCACCCUACAACACCGA